AGAAAACCACCAAUGUUUAUUGUUUUUUUAAUAGUUUUUGUCGAUGUUUUUCAAAAAAUAUUCAAUUUAUUUUAGAUAUUAUAAAUUUUAAUAAUGCGUUGGAACGAAUCGGCUACGCUUGAGUUCGUAAGAUUAUACUUAAAACACGAAUGCUUGUGGGAUCCUAACAACCCGGGCUACAAGUUAAAACACCGAAGGGAUUCAGCAUACUUAGAAAUAUGUUCAGAGUUCAAAUCUAUAAAAGCCCUUACCAUACCAGAAGUGAAAAUGAAAAUUAAGAAUCUAAGAACCACGUACAUUCAGCAAGUGCACAAAAUAUUGCAGAAAUCUAGCCCCGACUGUAUUUACGAGCCGUCUUUAGUAUGGUUCAAUGAGAUGGAUCGAUGUUUGAAACAUAUUCCUACUAACCGGCAUUUAUCUUCUUAUAAUACUCAAGAAACACCAGAAGUAGAUUCCUCAAGUCAUAUAUGGGUAAAUCAAGAAGCUCAGGACAAUCCAGAGGAAGACUUCCAUCCUGACCCGCUUGUAGCAAAUUCAGACAACGAGUAUGACUCUUUAAAAACAGAGUCAUCAACACAAAUUAAAAUAGAAAGGACAGCGUCUCCACUUCCUACCAAGAAAAUAAAAAAGAAAAAAUUAAAACACAGAAGUCAUGCAAUACAAAUUACAGAAGAUUCUCAGUUUGAAAGAAUACAAGAGGAUGAAUUUGAUAUUUACGGCAAAUACAUUGCUUCACAACUAAGAAAAAUGAAUUUACAGAAAGCUUUGAGGCUUCAGUUGGAGAUACAGAGUUUAGUUAGUGAAGCCAGGAUAUCAGAUAUUAGUAGUGAUUAGAUUGUUGUUAUUUUAAGAUAUUAUGAUAUUAUUUAUGUAUUCUAAUGCUCAGCUAGCUGUAUUUUCCCAAAAUCUUGAAAAGUUAUAAAGAAAGUAUAAAAACA